UUAUCCCAUUCAGAGCACUGUUACAGUUACUGCAUUCUGUUUUAGAGUCUCUCAACUCUCUUGCUUAUGGUUCGGCACAAAUGAACGUACACGUGCAACAUCAGUAGCGAUAUUGGCCGCUAAUUUUGGAUGUACAAUUGGCUUUAUAAUAACGCCAUAUAUUGUUAGUACACCUGAAAAUAUUCCCUAUUUGCUAUAUCUUCAUGUUGGACUAUCGUUCAUUGCAUGUAUUUUGACAUUUCUCUAUUUUCCCUCAAUACCGCCUACGCCACCAUCACCGGCUGCCGAAUUAAUUAUUUAUCAGCCAAUACAAUCAAGAGAACGAACAUCUGUUGCAAUGCGGAUUAGAAAUUUCAUACAAUGUUUAUCUUAUCCACCAUUCCUUCUGUUAUCCCUGGCAGGUGGUUUGCUAAAUGGUACAUUUGGAGCAUGGACCAGUCUAUUUGCUACUAUCUUAACUCCAAUGAAUUACACAGAAAGUGAGGCUGGUUGGUUUGGCUUUGUGACAUCGUUGUCGGGUAUUAUUGGAGGUCUCAGCAUCAGUGUAAUAGCUGAUAAACCAAGAUUCCAGCGUCGGUUAAAAUUAUUAAUUAUAAUUUCGCUCUGUUUAUGUCUGCUGAGUUGUUUAAUGUUUCAAACAUUUGUUGUCACAAUAUUUUAUGAUAAACCAUUAUUGAAAUCAAAUGUAUUCGUCAUUUCUCUUACAUUAGGUUUAACUGGUCUAUUUCAAGGUUGUUCUUCUCCGUUGAUUUAUGAAUGUUUGGCUGAAAUUAUGUUUCCACUACCUGAAUCCUUAUCAGCAUCGGUUCUUACCCAAUAUAUCAAUAUAGUGGCAUUGGUUCUCCUAUUCAUUGCACCUGGUCGUUUCAAACUAAUGAAUUUAAUCGUGUUGGCUAUGAUUUCUGUAACGAUUAUUAUGACACUCUUUGUCAAAGUGACAUAUAAGAGAAAAGAUGAAGAUGAGCGAAAGAAGAGAGAAAAAGAAAGACUUAUUAUUGAGCAGGAUUGUCUCGGAAUAAACAAUUACUAUGAAACAAUAUAA